AUAUUCCUCACCAUGGGUGACAUGAAAACCCCAGAUUUCGAUGACCUUCUGGCAGCUUUUGAUAUUCCUGACAUCGACACGAACGAGGCCAUCCAUUCUGGCCAUGAGGAAGCUGACGCUCACAUCAAGCAAGUCCCUGGAGAGCCAGGACCCCCUGACCACGUCCUGCCCCACACAGACAUCACUGCUGUCAGUGUGAUUGUAAAGAAUACGGUCUGCCCCGAGCAGCUCGAUGCCCUGGACGGGCGCAGCAAAGAUGGGCACGUCAUCGGCUCCCGCUUGCUGCAGAACGGCUUUGGGGCCACCGAGAUGCCCAGGUCCCCCACCUCCAGGGCUGUGGAAGCUGUAGCAUCCUCCAACGGGGAGUGCUGGGUGAAGGAAAAAGGUCCCAAGCCCCUGGAUAUCUUCUCCCAUUUUAGCCCCGAUCCCAAUGAAGACAAUGCUGCCAACCUGAUUGACAGACCCCGGGAGUGUAAGGUGAAAGAGAAAUCCCUUGCUGUGCCCUCCCUCUCCCCGUCUCCCACCCUGUCACUGGACUGCAAAGAGCCCAUGGGAGAGAACACAGAGAACCUGCCCUCGGCCUUCCCGCAGUCCUUGGAAACCAGCCAGGCAGGGGGAGCAAACGGGUCCCCUCCUGCCAUCCCCUGCAUCAAGAAAGAGGAGUCUGACUCAGAGGAUGUGGGCCGCGAAGCCAGCCCAAAAGGUUUAGCUGCAGCCUUGGGUGACAGUCCCUUGGAGCACCUGAAAUCAGUCACCGUUCGCUACUCCACAGAUGAUUCUCCCAUCACAUCCUGGCCUGGAUCUGACCCAAACCUCGACAGCAGCACCAGCAACCUUGCUGAAGUGAAACACUCGCCCGCCAGCCCCCGGGAGCCCUUCUUCAAACCUUCCUCACCGGUGGUGCAAAGCCCCAGGCUCCCCACUUCUCCAAAGCACCUGGACAACAUUGCCCUCAAGGAAGAGCAAGAGGUUCUGGAGAAGUCAAUGGGAAGUCCGCAGAGCAUGUCCAGUGCUGAGGAAGAGGAGGAGGAAGAAGACAACAACAAUGAUUCCCCUUCCUCCAAUUCCUCACGGCCCCUGAAAGUGCGGAUUAAAACCAUCAAAACAUCUUGUGGCAGCAUCACCAGGACAGUGACCAGGGUCUCAUCAGAUUCCGAGCCCGGCUCCACCAAGGGACCAGCUGAGCACAGCUCUCAGGAGACUUCUCUGGAGGGUGCCAGCUUCUCAGCAUCGGCAGACAAAGAGGAAGGGAUUGUGCUGGAGGUGUCCAAGGAGAAAAUGGAGCUCUCCAGCCCCUUAAAAAGCAUCGAGGGGCCAAAAAUCGUCAGUGUUCAGCUUGGCAAUGGCACCAAGCUCAAAGGGACUGUCCUGCCUGUCUCCACCAUCCAGAAUGCCAGCAGCGCCAUGCUGAUCGCCGCCAGCGUGGCUCAGCAGAAAUCCGUGGUGCUGCCAGCGAAGACGGGUAAGGCUGUGGCCAAGAACAUCAUCAACCUGGUGCCACAGACCCUGCCCAAAGCCGACACCAGGACCAAUGUCAGCACCGUGACGCAGACCACCACCAUCACCACCACGGCCAACCAGAAAGUCAACGGCACCACAGUGGUGAUGGUGCAGCCGCAGAAGCCUUCCCCAACCAUUGCGGGCACGGUCAUAUCCAGGAGCCAGUCCAGCCUUGUGGAAGCCUUUAACAAGAUCCUCAACAGUAAAAACCUCUUGCCAACAUACAAACCCAACCUGAACCCUCCAGCCGACGCGAGCCUCACGCUGCCUCCCUUCGGUUACCGCUGCCUGGAGUGCGGGGACGCCUUCGCCCUUCGCCACUACGACCGGCGCAGCAUGCGCAUCGAGGUGACCUGCAACCACUGCACCAAACGCCUCGUCUUCUUCAACAAGUGCAGUUUGCUGCUGCACGCCCGGGAGCACAAGGACAAGGGCCUGGUGAUGCAGUGCUCCCAUCUGGUUAUGAGGCCCAUCGCUUUGGAUCAAAUGAUCGGACAGCCGGACAUCACCCCCCUGGUCUCAGUGACCUCCUUCCCUGCUAGCAAAGUGACUGGGGUGGCUCAGGAGGCCUUGGCCACCGCCAACGGGGCUCAGGAUCUCCCCAUCCUGCCUCUGAGCAACAGCUCAGAGCAGACCAACUACAGCUGCUUCAGGUGCCUGGAGUGCAAAGAGCAAUGCAAAGACAAAGCCGGGCUGGCCGCGCACUUCCAGCAGGCAGUGACCACAGGGACGAGCAGCAGCACGGUUUGUACAACGUGUCCCAUGAUCAUGUCCAAUCGCUGCAGCUUCAACGCCCAUCAGCGGAUACACAAGAACCGACCUCCCCACGUCUGCCCCGAGUGUGGGGGGAACUUCCUGCUGGCGAACUUCGAGGCGCACCUGAAGGAGGCCUGUCUGCACUUCUCCCGCAGAGUGGGGUACAGGUGCCCCAGCUGCGCUGUGGUCUUCGGGGGGGUCAACUCCAUCAAGUCCCACAUCCAGACCUCCCACUGUGAGGUGUUCCACAAGUGCCCCAUCUGCCCCAUGGCGUUCAAGUCAGCCCCCAGCGCCCAUGCUCACGUCUACACACAGCACCCCGGCUUUGGCAACCAGCAGUCCAAAAUGAUUUACAAGUGUGCAAUGUGCGACACGGUUUUCACCCACAAGCCCCUGCUCUCCUCCCACUUCGACCAGCACCUGCUUAACCAGCGGGUCAGUGUCUUCAAGUGUCCGGACUGCCCGCUGCUCUUCGCCCAGAAGCGCACCAUGCUGGAGCACCUCAAGAACACUCACCAGCCCCAGAAGCCCAAGGAAGACCUGGCAAAGAAGGCGGCCAUCCUGCUCACUCCGAAGCAGGAGCCUGUUGAAACCCCCGUGUCCAAGAUCUCGGAGUCAUCGUCGUCCUCCACGGAGGAGGACGAGCCCCCCAGCUCCCCGGAGCUGCGCAAGGCCAAGCGGAGCCGCUUCCAGCGCAAGACGGUCAACAAGUCCAAAGGCAGCGGGUGGACGUGCGGCGUCUGCCACUCCUGGUUCCCGGAGCGUGACGAGUACGUCUCCCACAUGAAGAAGGACCAUGGCAAGUCGGUGAAGAAGUUCCCGUGUCACCUCUGCGAGCGCUCGUUCUGCUCCGCUCCCAGCCUCCGGAGACACGUGCGAGUGAAUCACGAAGGGAUCAAGCGCGUCUACCCCUGCCGGUACUGCACAGAGGGCAAAAGGACCUUCAGCAGCCGGCUCAUCCUGGAGAAACACAUCCAAGUGCGACACGGGAUCAAGGUGACUGACCAGACAAAGAGCCAGGAGGUUGUUAUUGCCCGGAUAGGGACCGGCACUAUGCAGGCGUCCGGUCGGAAGCGGAAGCUGUCCUCGGAUGAAGGCGACUCGUGCAGUGAGGAGCCCGACAGCACCACCCCCCCUUCCAAAACCUCCAAGAGUGACCGCAAGGCCCCGUUCCGGUGCCGCAAGUGCGGGUACCUGGCCAGCAGCUCCGCCGACUUCCAGGAGCACAUCCCCCAGCACCGGACUGACGAGAGCUCCCACCAGUGCCGGGAGUGCGGGCUCUGCUUCACCUCCCAGGUCUCCCUCAACCGCCACCGCUUCAUCACCCACAAGAAGAAGAAGGGAGCGGGUGAGCUGUGACGCGCGCGGGAGAGGGGCGCCCCGCAGCCGGGCGAUGGGAACCUGUCCUGCAAAUUGUGCGGCCGCUGCUUCGACAGUCAGCUCAACCUCAAGACCCAUUUCCGCACCCACGGCAUGGCCUUCAUCCGGGCCAGGCAGAACGCGAGCCCCGAGAACUAG